AUGGAGAAAGACUUGGCGCAGUCACUAGUAUGUACCCUUUACCCGUUUAUAUUGGCCGUUUCAAUAGACAUUACACUGCCAUUGUUUCUUCCGUUGUUCUUAUCAUUUCUUACACUGUUACACACCAAUUUUCCUUUUUCUUUUGAAUUUUCACGCACCGUUUUCACUCCGAUCUCUCCUUUACGGUGCGAGGGAUUACGGGAAAAAAUAAUCGUUUUAAUUGGGGAUUCAGGAGUUGGAAAAUCAAAUAUUCUUUCCAGGUUCACCAGAAAUGAGUUUUGUUUGGAGUCCAAAUCCACCAUUGGAGUAGAGUUUGCCACCAGAACUCUUCAGAUAGAAGGAAAGACGGUAAAGGCCCAGAUAUGGGACACUGCAGGGCAGGAAAGGUAUCGAGCUAUUACAAGUGCUUACUACAGAGGAGCUGUUGGUGCACUUCUUGUUUACGACAUAACUAAGAGACAAACCUUUGACAAUGUCCAGAGGUGGCUUCGGGAAUUGAGAGACCAUGCCGACUCUAACAUUGUCAUCAUGAUGGCCGGAAACAAAUCAGACCUGAAUCAUCUCCGAGCUGUUUCGGAUCAGGAUGGUCAAACUUUUGCUGAGAAGGAAGGACUGUCAUUCCUUGAGACUUCGGCACUGGAAGCACGUAAUGUUGAAAACGCUUUUCACACCAUUUUGACUGAAAUAUACCACAUCAUUAGCAAGAAGGCAUUGGCAGCCCAGGAAGCAGCAGCAACCACCAUACUUCCCGGUCAGGGUACUACCAUCAAUGUUAGCGAUUCAUCUGGAAACAUGAAGAGAGGCUGCUGUUCUACUUGA